GACAGAAGCAGAGCGCCGCGCUGUCAUUCCGCACAAAACAAAGAGGCGCAGAUCACAUGCACAUGUUUCCUCUGCCUCCUCUCGUCCUCUGCUUCUCACCGUCGAGGCUGUGAGGCGCUCUGUCUGCUCACUGCACGCCUGUAAGAUCUCGCGAGAGCUCCGGCGUUGGCUGGGGCUGGCCGUGGCUUUGCAGCAGACGGAGGGAGAAGGCAGGCAGGCAGCAUCAUGGCGGACAGAGACAGUGGAAGUGAGCAGGGAGGAGCAGCCACGGGCCCGGGCUUCGGUUCCAUGCACCUAGCGACAGGAGGGGCGGGCUCGGCUUCCGGGCUCCAGCACGAGACGCAGGAGCUGGCGUCGAAGCGAGUUGACAUCCAAAACAAACGCUUCUAUUUGGACGUUAAGCAGAACGCAAAAGGCCGCUUCUUAAAGAUAGCUGAAGUCGGGGCCGGUGGAAACAAGAGCCGCCUCACUCUCUCCAUGUCCGUGGCGGUCGAGUUCCGUGACUACUUGGGGGACUUCAUCGAACACUAUGCCCAGCUGGGUCCGAGCAACCCGGGGAUGGUACAAGACGAACCCCGGCGAGCGCUCAAGAGCGAGUUCUUGGUGCGAGAGAAUCGGAAAUACUACAUGGAUCUGAAAGAGAACCAGAGGGGACGCUUCCUGAGGAUUCGACAGACCGUUAACCGGGGGCCCGGUUUGGGAUCCACGCAAGGCCAGACCAUCGCUCUCCCUGCCCAAGGACUUAUUGAGUUUCGUGACGCUUUGGCUAAACUUAUUGACGAUUACGGCGUGGAGGACGAUCCUGCCGAACUGCCCGAAGGCUCGUCAUUGACUGUGGACAACAAGCGCUUUUUCUUUGACGUCGGAUCCAAUAAGUACGGCGUGUUCAUGAGGGUAAGCGAGGUGAAGCCAACCUACCGCAACUCAAUAACGGUGCCCUACAAAGUGUGGUCCAAAUUUGGGAAUACUUUCUGUAAAUAUGCCGAGGAGAUGAAGAAGAUCCAGGAGAAGCAGCGCGAGAAAAGAGCGUGCGAGCUGCAUCAACAAGAGGAGAUGCAGGCGGACGAUGGAGACGAGGAUUGAUACAGAGAGCCCGAGGAAAUCAAGACAAAAGAUGCAAGAGUAAUGAAAAUAACAAGAGAAAUUAUAAUGAUGAACUCUACUGUAUAAAGGAAGAAAUCUAAAGAUUUAACUGUAAUGGUUUAACUCCAAGGGAGCAUCACCCACAAUAUAAGAAACCUCCACAACCUGACAGUUCUGACAUGUUGUCACUCAUCGCUGGAUGUUACCCCACUUAUCCACCAUUAAUACAGUUAACAGGCUGCUAAACAAAGUAAUAACAUUAUAUUUGAACAUUGUUUCCUACUUGACAAACAAUAUUGAACUGAGUGUUUAUUUCCCUUAUUAACUGAAAACUUUUGUACCCGUUAAAGCUAUUGUAAAAACAAACAAACAAACAAACAAACAAACAAACAAACAAAGGAACUGUCGCCGAGUUCCUCUCCGUGUGAGCUAAAGACUUCAGCACAAAUCAGACCUUUUCACUUUUCAACCAAAUUAGGAACUCUUUGUGAAAGGUUGUCACAUGUUGGUCAUCUACUGAACCUUUACAGUGAGUGCAGAUGUGUUUCCACGUGAAUCACGAGGGCUAGGCCUGUUCUCACACACACACACACACACACACACACACUCAAAAUACUGCAAAAAGGAAUAAUAACGUAGGCAUUUUCAUCAGAUGACAGAAGUGCUCUAUGUGUCGUGCAAUAUGCAUCGCAGAAAAAACAGGAAUCACACAUAUACUCAAGUGAUCAGUGGAUCUUGACAUGAUGACAUUUGCCAGAGGCAUUCAAAGAAAUAUUAAUAUUGUAAUUAUUGUUUCAGUUGAAAUUGUUGCCAUGCAGAUGGAUAUAUUGUAGACUACCUUUUUGUCUCGUUGUUGAUGCAAUGUGUUCAUUUUAAAAAGGUACUAAAUGUGUAUUUGAUAGAAGAAGUGCAGUGACAACAUGUAGCAAACGGCCUGAAUUGCACAUUAACAUCCACUCAUACUGUGUGUGAUUUACUUUGAUGGUGUGGAGAGAAAACGGAGGCAAACUUCAGGUGAGCGUCAUUGGUCGGAACACGUGAAACCUUUCUGUCGUCAUUGUUCAGUCAUAAAAGUCUACAUGGUGCCAAGGAGCGCUGUUGCUGCAUGUUCAUCUGCACUAAGAUAGAUUUCGUUGGUCUCCCAAAAUAUUGGCUCAAGGACCCUCCUCUAAAUGCAUUGUACGAAUCUGAAGUCUGAGUCCAGAGUGGAUUGGCCCACGGUCUCCGUGUAAUUAUCCUGUGACUUGUUUCAUCUCCAUUUUGAAAAGAGCAAUCUCACAAACUUGUAUUUAACGUCUCGCCGCCGCCGCCGCCGCCGCUCUUUGAGGAGGAACAUUGAGGAGCAUGCCUGGAUGAGCCAACAUGAAGAGAAGUCACUUCUCAGCUGUUGGUCAAGUGCCAGCGAUGUGUCAGUGUGUCCGUCCUCCGGUCAGUGGGACGUCUCUGGAUACGCACUCGUAGCUCUAAGUACUCUACUCUCUAGAUUUGUAAGCCCAAAUAUCCAUGUGUGUGUGUGUGUGUGUGUGUGGGGGUGGUCUGGGUUUUGGGUGAGAUUCUUGUUUUGGUCUAAUUGUAAAUAUUUGGGCUGCCACACGGAAAACAACUGGUACUGGUCCAGUUCACUCGCAUCUCAUAGAUGUGUGAUAGCACUUUUAUAAACUCCAGAGAAACUGGCAACAAUCAGAUAAUGUCAGAUUUACCUCAGCAUUGAAUUCAAUGACUGCUCCCGUGUUUAGAUUGACUGGAAACCAGCAAACUACACUGUCCUUGACCACCUAUUUUUGGAGCCUGUGAUUGGGAGCAUCCUCUUCAGCAUAGAAACAACCUGGUGCCUUACACACUCCGCAUGCUUACACGCUGGCCUGGUGCUUUGGAUCGCAGUUUGGCUUCUACUUGUCAUUGUUUCCUCUUUCUUCCAUUCCGUUGGUGUCUCAGCCCCUUGUGUGCUAGCGCACGACUCGUGGUGCUAAAAGGUUUUUUUUACAAACUCUUGCAAAAGAGAAGAAGAAAAAAGUAGGAGCAGGAUUCUUAACUUCUCUCUGCUACCUUCUUUCUCCCCUAAUGUCAUUGCCAUUCCCGUUUCUCAGCCAUCCAGGUAUCGGCCUACAUGUAAACAUGGACGGGGGGGGUGGGGGGGUCGCGGUCACCGAGUGCGAGACGAUGCAGAAGAGUUGGCUCAGAAGCACGGAGCGCAGGGGCUGAUGGGAACAUCUCUAGUGGCGUGGUUGUCGCCUGUAGAAAAGCUCCUCCGAUGGCUUGGGUUUCAGUUUAACGUGUAAGUUGUAAGUUGCUCAGUUAAUGGGGAGUAGCAAGCAUGUCUUUUUUCUUUUUUUUUCUUUUUUUUUUCAAGUGUAGUUUUACCUUUUCAGCAUUAUUCCACAUUAUUUGUAAUUCUGGAAUGUUUUCGCCCACAAAAAAUAUCUAUUUUUUUCUGUGCAACAUUUCAUCACUGUGUGCAAUAUCGUAUGUGCCAAUGGUGGCAAUAUAUGUAUAUCAAUUAAAUAUAUGAUUACUAUUUGAAAGCAUGUGGCUGAAUUCCAUGUUUAUUUCUCAUGAAGGAGUUGUAUAUGCCUUUAUUUGCACUCUUGACUCCAUCCUGGAGGAAAACAUAGUAAACCAAGAUCUGAUCAACCUGUUGUGUGGAGCAGUGGAUGAACGCCGGUGACCUUGGCUCAUGGGUUGUUGAAAGUAUAAACUAUAAUCAAUGAAGUUUUUGUGAAAAAGAAAACUUAAGAAAUUUCCAUUUUAGCUUCAAGCUAAGAAAAGGUGCUUCUGUCCAAUCCUCAUUACGAUGUACGAUGUACGAUGUACGGUGAACUGUCCUCAGUGGUUGUUGUGUGUAGCACUUUGCUUUCCCAGGUUAAACAAACCUGACCAAUACUUGUUUAAAAUGAUCUGAAAAGAAAAAAGAAAAAAAGAAUGUUUUUCUUUUUUAAAAGAGCGUAUUUUGAUUUCUUUUUUUCUUUUUCAUUUGGUUUGAUGCAUCAAAUAUAAUUUAUGUACAUUUGACAAAUUUUAAAAUAAAUUUAAUUUACCCAUCUUCAUUUA